GUUUGAUGGGCGAUGGGUUUGAUCGCUCGCGUCCGGAAAGAAUGGUUCAUUAUCGGUAUUGUGCUCGUUAUCACAUUCGCCAAGCUCCAGCCGUCUGUAGGAGUGAAAGGAGGUCCUCUUCAUCCAGAGAUCACCAUCACUUAUGUUGCAGUAUCUGUCAUUUUCUUCAACAGCGGCUUGUCUUUGAAAACAGAGGAGCUGGCGAGUGCAUUGAUGCACGUAAAGUUGCAUUUCUUCGUCCAGACAUUCACGCUAGUAUUUUUCCCCAUCGCCAUUUGGCUCCUUCUCAAAGUGCUGGCGCUGACGGCGAUCAACGAAUGGCUUCUCAGAGGGUUGCAGACGGUCGCUUGUAUGCCUCCUCCAGUGUCCUCCGCUGUCAUUCUCACAAAAGCUGUCGGCGGAAAUGAGGCUGCAGCCAUUUUCAAUUCAGCAUUUGGGAGUUUUCUGGGGAUUGUGGUCACUCCUCUGCUGCUGCUUGUGUUUCUGGGCUCCUCGUCUUCAGUGCCGUUCACCUCCAUCUUCUCGCAGCUCUUCAUGACGGUGGUCGUACCUCUCAUAGUUGGACAGGUGUGCAGGAGGUUUCUGCGUGAGUGUCUGGACCGCCGGAAGCCUCCGUUCGGGGCGGUGAGCAGUGUGGUUCUGCUUAUGAUCAUCUACUCCACUUUCUGUGACACUUUCAACAACCCCAACAUCGAGCUGGAUCACCUGAGCCUGCUCACCGUCGUCUUCAUCAUAUUUUCCAUCCAGCUGAGCUUCAUGGCCCUGAUAUUUUUCUUAUCCACGAGGAAAUCCUCUGGUUUCAGUGCAGCUGACUCAGUGGCCAUCAUGUUUUGUGCCACUCAUAAAUCCCUGACUUUAGGAAUCCCCAUGCUGAAGAUCGUGUUUGAGGGUUAUGAGCAUCUGUCUCUGAUCUCUGUGCCUCUACUGAUCUACCAUCCCGCUCAGAUCCUGCUGGGCAGCGUCUUACUGCCCUCCAUCAAAACCUGGAUGAGCGGCAGACAGAAGACUCUGACACCCAUAUGAUCUCUACACUGUUGAUCAGUAGCUGUGAAACACUCGGCUGAUGCUUGACCAAACCAGAACCAACGAGACCAAACCAGAGGAGACGACAACUGUGGACGAACAGGAGAUCAGUGCCUUACAGUGACCCGCUGGACCACAGUGCAGGGAACACACACACACACCAUUCCUGAAUGUAGAGCUUUAUUUUUAUAUGAACUCCAGACUCUUUUCUAACUCCAGCAGUGCUCACACUCAUCAGAAGAGAUUUAUAUUUGUUUUUAGACUGCAGGAAGUGGUUCAGUGUUUCUGCAGUACAGACUGAAGUGAAUGUGUAAUGCACUGCUAACCUCCUUUACCUGACGACCCGAGUAUUGUUUAUUCUGCUGCAGUAAACACACACAGAGGUCAGUCGCCAUGUCCUGUGCCAUAUGAUGUUACUGAAGGAAUAAACCUUGUCCUAAAUCCUG